AUGGUUCAACGAAUUGCGCGGACGCAUAAUGUGCCGCGCAUUUACACACUCGUUCAUGAAUCCCCCUAUCCCAGUCAUGAGCUCUCAGAUCACGUGUACGAUGAACUGAAGAAAGUCCUGAUAUUGGCUGGAGCAUUCUUUUUUAUUACUAUCGUUUGUAUUAUGUCAAAAUUGCAGGUGGGUACUGAAGACGUGCUCCGUUGGUCGCCAGUGGUUUGGUUAUUAGGUGUUUGUGUAGCCGGUGCAUUUAUGAAUCUCGUAUUCUACUGUCAGAAGAAGUACAGAGAAAGAAAACGACGUCAGCGAGAUCGUCAGCAAGAUCUAUUGUACUCGUUGGCGAUUCCACGCUCCUAUCCAUGCCUUGCACCACCGCCUCAUCACGAUUGUUGUCGAGCUCCACAGUUCUCAAUCUCGGAUCGAGGCUUACCUUCAUAUGAGGACGCUAUCACACACAAAUUAGAGGACAAUUCACUACCUCCAAACUAUUCGGAUGCGGUCUCAAUGAUGAAUGCAACCACCCAAGCAUCCGGACAGACACAAACCAGCAGAACCACACAAACGACAAACAAUGAUCGUGAAUGA